UAUGUUACUAUGUGUGUAUAUAUAUGUUUAUUCUAUCAUUGUACGUAAUAUAGUGUAAUAUGUACGUGUAUGUAGUUAAAAACAGCUGAUGCUUUCAUUUUGAUGUUGUAAAGAAAUAACUGUCUAACUAUACAAGAAAUAAAUGUCACAUUAAAGUAAUCUUAUAUUAAUAUAACUAACAUAUGUAUAGGUUCAACGUGAAUGUUAAUCCACAUUGAUCUCCGGUAUAUAUGCACGUGUAAUAUCUUUUAACCGUAUUAGUUAUUUGCAAAUUAUGGCUAGUUCGAUUAGUACUACUGCAAAUGGAUAUAAUUUCAAAGUGGUAUUACUUGGUGAAGGAUGUGUGGGCAAAACUUCAGUAGCAUUACGAUACGUCGAAGAUAAAUUUAAUGACAAACAUGUUACUACAGUACAAGCAUCUUUUUUAAAUAAGAAGUUAAAUAUAAAUGGUAAAAGAGUAAAUUUAGCAAUAUGGGAUACUGCAGGACAGGAAAAGUUUCAUGCAUUAGGACCAAUUUAUUAUAGAAUGUCUAAUGGUGCCAUUUUAGUUUACGAUAUUACAGAUGAAGAUACUUUUCAAAAGGUUAAAAAUUGGGUAAAAGAACUUAAAAAAAUGUUAGGCAGUGAAAUUUCUUUAGCAAUUGCUGGCAAUAAAGUAGAUCUUGAAAAGGAACGAAAUGUUUCAAUAGAAGAAGCAGAGGAAUAUGCCCAGCAAGUUGGUGCUAUGCAUUUUCAUACAUCUGCUAAACUAAAUCAAAAUAUUGAACAGAUGUUCUUAGACUUAACACGUAAAAUGAUACAACAUGCUGAUGAAGUAGAACAAAAGUCUUGCUUGCAAAGGACUAGCAGUACACGUCGUAAUGUUGUGGUAGUUGAAGAUGAAUCUGAACAAAGUCGACCAGCAAAAAGUUCUUGUUGUGGCAGUUCUUCCCAAAAUUCGUAAAUGAAUAUCUUUAUUUUUGGAAAAGCUUUAAUUUCAAAAAUAAUUAUAUCUAUAAAUACAUAUGUAUGUAUAAAUAAAAUAAUAUAUAUAUAUAUAUAUAUAUAUAUAUAUAUAUAUAUAUAUAUAUAUAUAAUGUAUAUAAAAAACAUUAGCUUUUUGCCAUAUGUCAAAUAUUGUUGUAUUUAUCAUUUUAAAGAUAGUAUCUUUUUAACUAGAUAUUAAGUGCAAAAUAUAAAAUGUGCAAAUCUUGAGAGAUUUUGAAUCUAAGAACAAAUACAUAAGUAUCAUAAAAUGUUGUAAGUUUCAUAUAAUGUUGUAAUAUUGUGCUACACAUGCAAGUAUACAUUAUGCAUUUAAUGUUUUAAAAAUAUCGUGUAAUGUACAUUGUUGUACCUACAUAAAUUUUUUAUUACAAUGUCUAUUGGUAUUAUUUUAACUUUUUUACAUAAUUACAUAACAACGACUAAAAAUGAUAGUUUGUCCAUGCUAUUAUACUUUAUUGAAAAUAUAAUUACAUAUAUUUAUAUUACUAAUUUAUAAACAGCUUGAAUAUAAAUUAUACAGAUUUUCUAUUAUGCAGUGUACCACAUAUAGAAUGAAUUUUUUGUAUUGCUAUAUUUUAUUUUAAAACAGCAAAGACAUAGCAUAGAUCUAUCAUUACAAUUAGAAGAAACUAAAACAAGUAUAAUAUUAAAAAUAAAAUUAAUUAUAAUUAUUUACAAUAAUUAUUUCUCAUCAUCAUUAGGCACAUCAAUUAAUGUCAUAUAAAUCGAUGUAUAUUUAAAUAUAGUCAAAUUUGAAUAAAGGGACAUUUAAGAAAAAAAACAACUAUAAUAUACACAUGUAUGUAAUACUUUUCUGCUAAUAUUUAUAUUUAUUUAGUAAUGUAUAACAUUUUAAUUGACGACAACAUGGACUUGAAAAGAAUUAUAUAAGAGUUAGAUGUUCUUGAUUGCAGAUCCAUACAUGAAUUGUGCAUGUUUUUAUUUAUUAGAGCAAUAAAUUGACUCUAUAAUGAAGA